AAAAAUGAAAAUUUUCCGGCAAUAAAGCAAAAGCAUUGAACUUUAAUAUCUUGAUUGCUUCAAUGAAUGGAUAACACAGAAAAAAAAGGUUGUUUCUUUACUAUUUGUUAAUUCCACUUGCUUUGCCUAGAAUGCCUUAAGUAAUCUUUUCUCUUUCUAUUUUUUCCCUGAAACAUAAGUAAAUUAUUCUCUUGUCAUAUUUAAUCACGUAUAUAUAAAAUUACUUGCACUCCAUAUGAAAAACUUUAUAGAACCCGCCAUUCACCAUUUAUUUAUUUAUUGUUAUUAUUAUUAUUAUAGGUUUUAUCAACCAACAAUCUUGGGUUGCACAAUAAAACUUUUCCCCUUUCAAAUACCCCUCCAACCGUAAUUAAUCCUUUCCUUUCAUUAGUUAAACCUAAUAUCAUUAUUAAGAAAGAACAAUAUGAUAAAAAUGGUGAUAAAAAUACCUAUAAGAGGGUCCAAUGUAGCGAGAUAUCAGUAUUACUUGGUAUGCUUCAUGAUCUUAAGGAACACAAAAGAUGGAGAGUGGAUUGAAAUUGGAAUUAAGCCACCAAAGGAAGAAAAGAGAGGAACCAUUCAUGCCAUCCGCUAUCACUGAAGGAACAAUUGUUAAAGUUGUUUGUGUUACUUUUGCUGAGAAUCAUUGCUGUCUAAUAUUACUUUCUUUAACCUAGAGAAUUAAUCCUUUGUGCAAGCAUCAUUAAAAGACAAUUAACAGGAAAAGUGUUCAACAAUGUCACCUUCAUGGCUUAUAAAUAUUGAUGUGUUUAUGCUAAGCUUGACACUACAACCUGCCUCUCAUCACUUUUAUCAUCCCACAAAACUAUUAAGCAUUCCUGAAAGGGAUAAAAAAAAAUGACAGACGGAGUUUUCUUUGACCUUUCCUGGAAAGUACUUGAAGUGCUACAUUCCUUACUUCUCCAAGAGAUAAAGUUAGCAUGUGGUGUCAAAGCUGAGCUUGGAAUUCUAAAGAGCACAGUUUCCACAAUCCAAGCCGUGGUUCUAGAUGCAGAAAAUCAAGGUUCUCAUAAUUACGAGAUCAAAGACUGGCUCAGAAAGCUCAAAGAUCUCUUCUUUGAUGCAGAUGACCUGCUGGAUGAUUUCUCAACUGAAGCUCUGCUACAGAAAAUGAUGACUGGAAGUAAGAUAACAAAGGAGGUACGCAUUUUCUUUUCAAGUUCAAACCAGCUUGCUUAUAGUCUUAAGAUGGGCCAUAGAAUAAAGGCAAUUAGGGAGAGACUAAAUGCCAUUGCUGCUGAUAGGAUGAAGUUCCGGUUUAUAGAAAACCCCAUUGAGCCACAAGUCAAUAUUAGGAAUAGAGAAACUUAUUCUUUUGUACUUGAAGAAGAUGUGGCUGGGAGAGAUGAUGAUAAGAAAGAAAUUAUAAAACUUCUUUUUGAUACCGAUGUUGUAGAGAAUGUUUCAAUUAUUCCAAUAGUUGGAAUCGGAGGAUUAGGAAAAACUACACUAGCUCAACUCAUAUACAAUGAUGAAAAUGUCAAAAAUAAUUUUGAGCCAAAGUUGUGGAUUUGUGUCUUGGAUAAUUUUGACGUAAAACAAAUUCUAGAAUCUAUGAAAAUUGAGAGGCAUGAAGAAAACCUUGAGAUUUUACAAAAUCAGCUUCGAGAAACACUUAAUGGAAAAAAAUACUUCAUUGUCUUGGAUGAUGUGUGGAAUGAGGACAUAGAUGAAUGGCAUCAAUUUAAGAAUUUAUUAAUGGGUGGUGCAAGGGGAAGUAGGAUAGUGGUAACUACACGCUCUAUUAAGGUAGCAGAGAUAAUAGGCACAACUUCACUUUAUGAUCUUAAAGGCUUACCGGAAGAAAAGGCUUGGCCCUUAUUUGUAAAAAUGGCAUUUAAAAAUGGCAAAGCACUAGAGAACAAAGCUUUAGUAGCAUUGGGAAAACAGAUUGUGGGAAAGGGUAAUGGGGUUCCUCUUGCUAUAAGAACAAUAGGAAGCUUAUUGUAUGGUAAAACCUCCGAAAUUGAAUGGCAAUCCUUCUUAGAAAAUGAACUCUCAAAACUAGAUCAACAAGAAAAUAAGAUUUUAUCGACUCUAAACUUGAGUUAUGAUCAUCUUCCGUCGCACUUGAAGCAAUGCUUUGCCUAUUGUAGAUUGUUUCCAAAAGAUCAUAGAAUUAAUGUAGAUAAACUUAUUAAACUUUGGGCUGCACAAGGUUUUAUUAAGUUAAUAGAUCAAAGACAACGUGUGGACGAUGUUGGUAGAGAAUAUUUUAUGCAAUUACUUUGGAGGUUGUUUUUCCAGAAUGUAGAAAAGGAUGAUUUGGGCAACAUAAAAUCAUGCAAAAUGCAUGAUCUCAUGCAUGAACUUGCAAUUCUUGUGGCUGGGACAGAAAGUACCAUAUUAAAUUCAAGUUGGGAAAAUGUUAUUGAAAAUGUUUGUCAUGCAUCAUUUGGUCCUAUGGAUUUAUUAUACAUCUUUCAAUGCCCAAGUGUAAUGGAUGGAAGAUAAGAACAAUUCUUGCAUCUAGUGUAGGGGGGAAUUUGGAUAGCUUAACUUGCGAUGCACUUGUCUCAAAUCUCAAGUAUUUGCGCACAUUGGAUUUGAGCAAGGUAGGGCUACGUGUAGUGCCCCAUUCAAUUGGGGAAUUGAAGCAUUUAAGAUAUCUUAAUCUUUCUGAAAAUUCUAGUAUUGAAAUUCUCCCCCAUUCAAUUACUAAUUUGUUGAAUUUGCUUACACUAAAACUGAAUAGUUGUUUGGAGCUUAGAGAAUUACCCAGGGACAUUCAAAAGUUGGUCAGUCUCAAGCAUCUUGAUAUUACUGAUUGUAGCAAAUUGACACAUAUGUCCUUUGGACUUGGGCAUCUUUCUUCUCUUGAGACACUACCAAUGUUUGUAGUGAGCAAGGAAGGUUUCAAGGCUAGGCCUAUUGUUGGGCUAAGUGAAUUGAAAUGUCUUAGAAAUUUGGGAGGAAGCCUGACAAUUACCAACUUAAGACAUGGAAAAGAUGACAAGGUGGUGCUGGAAUGUAAAGGUGCAAAAAUGACUGAGAAACAGCAUCUUCAACGACUAGAAUUUUUGUGGGACCCAGAAUGGACUGAAGAAAUCAAAUGUUAUGAUGAAAUGUCGUUGGAAGGGCUCCAGCCACAUCCAAAUCUUAAAGCAUUGGGGUUUUAUGGUUAUAUGGGUGAAAAUAUUCCAAGUUGGGUCUCUUCACUCACUAAUCUUAUUGAUUUGUGGUUAAGGGAUAAUCGUAGAUGCCAGCACCUGCCACCGUUAAAUCAACUCCCUUUUCUCAAGACUGUCAAUCUUUUGGAUAUGGCAGCACUUAAAUACAUGGAGAAAGACACUGCUAGUAAUUUGUUUGGUUCCUCUUCUUCAAAAGCAACAUUUUUCCCAUCCUUAUAUUCUCUUGAAUUAAGGAAUUGCCCUAUUAUGGUGGAUGAGAGAUUAUGAUAAUGAGGCAGAGCAUAUGUUACUGCCAUCAUUUCCUCGUCUUUUAAAAUUAGGAAUUUAUCAAUGUCCUAACUUGACUUCCAUGCCCAAGUUUCCAUUUCUCAAAGAAGAGCUGCAAUUGUAUAAAGCUAGCUCAAAGGUAUUGCAUCAGACAAUGAAUAUGGUACCAAAACAGAACCAAUCAACCUCCUCCUCAUGCAACUUUCCCCUCUCAGAAUUGGAGUCUUUGUCCUUACUGGAUGUUUCAGAUUUAGAAUUGCUUUCAGAGGAGUGGCUGCAGAACCUUGUUUCUCUCUGGAAACUCUUUAUAAUAUUGUGUGAUGGACUAGGAUCUUCAACUUGUAGAAGUAUUCAACAUCUCACCUCGCUUCAAUCUAUGGAAAUAUGGCCCUACAAUGAGCUUGCUCUGCUAAACAAUGAAGAUGAUGCCAUGCAAUGGCAUGGCCUUAAGAGCCUUCGUUCUCAACGUCUUAUGGGAAUUACAAAGCUAGUGUCUUUACCAAAUGGGCUUCAACAUUUUAUGACUCCUCAACAACUCAUAAUUUCAGAAUGUCCUAGUUUGAUGGCUUUACCAGAGUGGAUAGGCAACCUUACAUCACUACAAAGUCUUUUCAUUCGCAAUUGGUCCAACUUAACAUCAUUGCCUCGAGAGAUUCAUGAGCUCAAAUCUUUAGAAAAUCUGACAAUUAUUGAUUGUCCCCUCUUACGUCAAAGAUGCCUGAGACAAACAGGUGAAGAUUGGCCCAACAUUGAUCAUGUCCCACACCUAAUUGUGGAUUAUUGGGACCAGCCGGAAAUAAUUUCUUCAGGAACAAAUGAACCAUCUAAGACAGAGAACAAACCUAGGCUCAAAAUUCGGACCCUAUUCAAAAACUGCAAUUGUGCAACAGGUCAAGAACUCAGUGAAUCAUAGAAAAUUUCUUAGCACUUUGAGGGCAGAACUUAACCAGGCAACUACACUGCAGAAUUGUGCUAACUAUGGAGAUUGUUAAUUAUCAGAGGAGCACCCAAGUAACAAGUUUAAGAACUUUGUUCGCCAAGUGGUUGAUAUCUUGCCUCUUUAUCUACCUUCUAAAGCCAUCUUUAAACCUAAGAACGAAUGAAGGCAAGGAACAAAUCUUGCUUAAAAUUCAGACAUUGUUCAAAACAUUCAGGCCUUGAAAUUAAGCAAAGUUGUGAACUCAGCGGUUGCUUUUCUGAAAUAGAGAAAAUCUUACACUUGAAGGGAGUAUCUACCUGAUCAACAAACACUGCAGGAAUUCACUUAUUAUUAGGGUAUUCUGUUCAGUCAUUUCAUUUGCACAAUGUAAUUAGAUUAAUUAGAAAGAAACUACUGGCUUAGUUAGUUUAUACAAUUAAAUAAGGCAGAAUAAUUUCUUCUUCU